UCGAGAAAACACAAGUACAGUUUCUUUCACUGAACCAUGAAGAACAAAAACUGUUGAACCAAGUUCACCGUCUUCCAUGCCAUAGGGUGACUGCCGAUGGUUAUGAGAGUUUUAGAAGCUGAGAAGAACAGAGAGGUUUCGCUGGAGUUUUGGGUUGUAUUUCAGAUAGAAAUUAGCAAAGCCAUGGGGAAGAAUACCUGCUGCUGCUGCCAUUGAUUUUGGUAGUGGAAGAAGAGUUUUGGGUACUGGAAUGAACAAGGAAAGUUGGGUUUGAUGUGACUUCGAUUUUGGCAGCAGAAGUGAACGAAUCUGGGUGAUGUCAUGGGCCAAGAAAAUCAGUUGAAGUCUCAUGUUCGUGUGGCCAUACAUAUUGAAUGGAUGUAGACGAUUGAAGGCAGUGUUUGAGUUCUUAAAUGAAUGGGAAGAAUGGGUUAUUGUGUGAUUGAAUUAUUAUUGCUUGCAGGGAAGGAGAUGUGCAAAGUAUCACCAACAGUAAGCUCAAAUAUGUGUUAUCAGUUUCUUUCACACCAGGUGUUUGUAGAAAGACCUGAAAAGUAGUUUCACAGCAUCAAUGUCAGUUGCGACUAGCUCAGUUCCACCAGGCUUCACCACUGCUGGUUAAGCCGUGAGUGUUUACACAAGGGGUUACAAUGAUCAGUGGUUGCUCUCGACAGAUUAGGUGAUGUUUUAGGAGAAAAGUUAGGUACUGGUGGUGUUUUGAGUUAACAACUUUGGCUCGAGAAAGAGAGGAGAAACAAGUGAUUUGGGUGAGGAGUUGCGGUCGGUCAUAGCCAUAGUUCAGAGGUUGGAUACGGUUCAGAGACUGAGAUGAAUGAGGAGCAGGGAAUUCAAGUUACAGAUACAAGUAUUUGCCUGGCCGACAAGACAGGAAACUCAGGGAUGUCGUUGUUGUCGUUUGAUUGAAGCAAGAAAGGGUAAGGAUUAAAGACAAAAUUUGGAAGUUGUGAAGAAAGAGGAGUUGGGUUUCAAUCCGAUUCGGAUUCACAGGAAUUGAAGAGAUAUAAAAGGGGUUAAACCUAAAAGUUACAUGGAUCAUCUCAUAGCCCCUCCUUCACCACUGCCGCAAACCUAGUUUCAGCGAGCUUUGCUCGCUGAACCACCACCACCAUCUGCAUAUCCACCUGCAUUCCGCCAGCAUCUCUCUUGCAUCUUCAUUACCAUUAUUACCACCUGCAUUACCUUCCAUUGCAUAUCAUCUCCACCAAUUCAACACUUCACCUCAUCUGCACAUUAUCAGCACUUCAUACCAUUCCAUUUCAAGACCACCUGCAUAUACCCACCAGAUCCAUUCAUACAACCAUCAACUGUAGCAGCUGGAGUUCAAAUCAAUCUUCCAUCCACUAUAGCACCUUCCAUCCGUCGCCUGCAUCUCACCACUUCACAACAUCAAGGCAGCAGAUCUGCAGGAAACUACUACAACAGCAACAACCAUCAUCAUUCCAUUGUUACCAGGCCACGAAGUUCACCACUACCAGCUACAUCAUUCCACCACAACCAUCAGUUGUUGUUUGUUUGGUUUUGUAUUCCUGUUUUCCAUUUGUUGUUUUGCUUUGUUUACCAUGAACUCCAGUAGCUAAUUGCAUCUUGAUUAGGGACGAUUUCGACGUCCGAACAUGAACUCCAAUUGAUAUUUAAAAAGCCUUUUUCUUGCAAUUAUAUUGUUAUUGCUCAUUCUCUACUAUGCUGUUUGUGAAUUGUUUCUCAAUCGUUUAAGUUGCAAAUUGAAUGGUUGUUUGAUAGUUGUAUUGCUAGUUAGGAAUUCUUCGACCCGUAAUUGUCUAGAAAACCUAAACACAAGUAGCACUAUAUGAGUAUUGACAAGUAGCACUAUAUGAGUAUUGACGAUGGGACUUUGUUAAGUACUCGUAUGUAUUGAAUGACACUAGUAGGUAAUUCAUGCUUUUGAUUUUAUCACUAGGAGCAAUCUUAUUUCAUAAAGCGUAAAGCAUUUGUUUAAGUCAUACCUAGAGAGCGUACUUCUAGGAAACUUGGAAAGUAGAAAACCGGUAGUCGAGCGCUUCCGCAUCCGAUGAACGUAGGAGAUAAUAACGGAAUAGUUGAGCGUACUAAUUAUUCUAGGGUUGUUAGUAACAAGAUACUUUGCAGAAACUAGCUAUAUCAAUAAGAUUCAUGUUUUGUGACCGAGAAAGAGUCUUUGAUCAUCCUCAUACUCAUAUUUGCAUUAAUAUUUGUCUUGCAUUAUUCGCAUUUAGAAAUUGAAUUGAUAACUUUGCUCAAAUCUCCCUUGGGACGAACCUGCUUAUCCGUAUACUACUAGUUAGUUUAAAGAGGAGAAAGGAAUAUAUUUUUGUGAGUUCGACACCUCGUCAAAAUUGGCGCCGCUUCUGGGGAGCAGUCUGUAGUUUGAGUUAUUAUUUAUUUUUCUGUUUUGUAUAUAGUUUUUAUUUAUUUUUUAGCUUUUCUAUUAAUUUGUUUCUUUUAGAAUCUUAUUUUCAGGUACAAACAAUCAUUCUUUCGGUGUGUGCACAAUUGGGAACAAGAGGUAAGUCUAUAAACGAGUUGUGUGCAUAAUCUUCAAGAUGUAUCCUUUUGGGAACAAUACAUAUGGUUCAGAAGACCAUACAUAUUAUGGUAAUAAUUCUGAUUUUCAAUCUCAUUCUUACAAUAGCUUCCAACCAUAUGUGGGAUACAGUCAAAACCAAUCUUUUGGUUAUGAUGACUAUUCUACAAGACCUUGUGAUUUUUCUCAUACAUCGCAACAACUUUUUGGUGGUUAUGUAAGUGGACAAUCACAAGGAUGGGGGGAUAGUUAUACUUCUCAUACGUUCCAAUCUAGUUUCUUGCAGAUGCCUAAUGAAUUCAUGGAUUUGCGACGUACAUGGAACCAGAUUAACUCAACUCCCAACGUGCCGAGUUUCAUACCAAGUGAAACCUAUGAUAGUGUAUUUAGACCUGUUCCGGAUCAUACUUAUGAUCCUUCACCCAUUCAAAGGGAAUAUACAUGGUCUAAAGAACCUAUUGUGAAUAGUAGCGGAAAACGUGUUAACAUAAAGAAACUCUUUAAACAAUAUGAGCAGUUGGAAGACGAGGGAGCAACGGAAGAGACUCUUCAAGCAAUUAUUAGGGCCAUACAUGAUGAGGUUAACCGCCGCGUGGAUAAUGGAGAAGAGCCCCAAGUAGAAGAUUCCGAGGAUGAUGAACCCUUGGAAAAUAUUGAUAAUGACGGUGCUACUAGCUCAACUCAUGAUUAUAAUGAUCAUUCUCAUAUUCUAGAGGAAGAAGUUGAGUCUAGAAACACUACAAUUAUCGAUGGUAAGACUUAUGUCGUGUAUGAGGGCGAUGAUGAUUAUGACUUCUUUGUGCAUCAUGCCCUAAAUUCAGAGAUAGUCGAUACUUUGAAUGAGAAGUCAACUUGUGAAGAACAUAAGGAUUACGAUAAUUUGCUUAUGGAAGAUUCUGAUUCCUUUUACGAUGAGGAGGACUUGGUUAUAGAAGAAACCAAUGAAUGUCUUAACAAGAAUUCUAGUGAGAAUGAUGAUACUUGUGAUGUGAGAAUGGAAGUGUCCAGCAGUACCGAGGAUCUGGUAAUACAUGAGGUUAUGCAAGGUUUGUCUAACCCUUUACAUGAACCUCUAUCUAAUGAUGAUCCUCCCAAAUUAAUAGUAGUUUCCCAAAGAGUUGUUAAUCCAUCUUUUAGGAAAAUACCUCAUUUGGGGUUGGAAUUAUGUGCUUAUAAAGUUCUCCGAAUUUCUUGCUUCCAAGUAUCCACCAUAUGUGUUUGAUUCUAACACCAUGCAGGUUAUCCAAGAGGAACCAAUAGAUGUUCCUUCCACUUAUUUUUUUUAUACACUUCCGAGUGUGGAAAAGACUAAGUGUGGGGGUGACUCUCGUGGGAUGAUAGUUUCAAUCUUCCCACUAUUUUCUAAUAUUCAUGUGAAGCUUUUGCUAUAUAUGCAGAUUGUUUUGUCGGUGGAUCCUUAAAUUUUCAGAUUGUUGAUAUAUGGGGAGUCUAUUUUGAAUGUGUCUCGUAGGCGUCAAUCAGAUAUUUUGGAGUCAUGCGACGAGAAACAAGGCGAAAAGAGGCUCAAUUCAUUGCUUGGAAGCUUAGGAAUUGGCGGAGUCAAAGCACAGUAGGGCAGUCAGCUGAAGGCUGUUAAAUACAGGCAGACGUUUGUUAAGGGGCGCCCUUUCACAUUUACAGCUUAUACUCCUGAAACUAGGUCGAGAAAACGCAAGUCCGGUUUCUUUCACUGAACCAUGAAGAACAAAAACUGUUGAACCAAGUUCACCGUCUUCCAUGCCAUAGGGUGACUGCCGAUGGUUAUGAGAGUUUUAGAAGCUGAGAAGAACAGGGAGGUUUCGCUGGAGUUUUGGGUUGUAUUUCAGAUAGAAAUUAGCAAAGCCACAUGGAAGAAUACCUGCUGCUGCUGCCAUUGAUUUUGGUAGUGGAAGAAGAGAUUUGAGUACUGAAAUGAACAAGGAAAGUUGGGUUUGAUGUGAAUUCGAUUUUGGCAGCAAAAGUGAACGAAUCUAGGUGAUGUCAUGUGCCAAGAAAAUCAGUUAAAGUCUCAUGUUCGUGUGGCCAUACAGAUUGAAUGGAAGUAGACGAUUGAAGGCAAUAUUUGAGUUCUUAAAUGAAUUGGAAGAAUGGGCUGUUGUGUGAUUGAAUUGUUAUUGCUUGCAGGGAAGGAGAUAUGCAAAGUAUCAUCAAUAGUAAGCUCAAAUAUGUGUUAUCAUUUUCUUGCACACCAGGUGUUUGUAUAAAGACAUGAAUGGUAGUUUCACAGCAUAAAUUUCAUCUGCGACUAGCUCAGUUUCACCAGGCUUCACCACUGCUGGUUAAGCCGUGAGUGUUUACACAAGGGGUUACAAUGAUCAGUGGUUGCUCUCGACAGAUUAGGUGAUGUUUUAGGAGAAAAGUUAGGUAUUGGUGGUGUUUUGAGUUAACAACUUUGGCUCGAGAAAGAGAGGAGAAACAAGUUAUUUGGGUGAGGAGUUGCGGACGGUCAUAGCCAUAGUUCAGAGGUUGGAUACGGUUCAGAGACUGAGAUGAAUGCGAAGCAGGGAAUUCAAGUUACAGAUACAAGUAUUUGCCUGGCCGACAAGACAGGAAACUCAGGUAUGUUGUUGUUACCGUUUGAUUGAAGCAAGAAAGGCUAAGGAUUAAAGACAGAAUUUGGAAGUUACGAAGAAAGAGGAGUUGGGUUUCAAUCCGAUUCGGAUUCACAGGAAUUGAAGAGCUAUAAAAGGGGUUAAACCUAAAAGUCACAGGGAUCAUCUCAUAGCCCCUCCUUCACCACUGCUGCUCGCUGAACCACCACCACCAUCUGCAUAUCCACCUGCAUUCCGCCAGCAUCUCUCUUGCAUCUCCAUUACCAUUAUUACCACCUGCAUUACCUUCCAUUGCAUAUCAUCUCCACCAGUUCAACACUUCACCUCAUUUGCACAUCAUCAGCACUUCAUACCAUUCCAUUCCAAGACCACCUGCAUACACCCACCAGAUCCAUUCAUACAACCAUCAACUGUAACAGCUGGAGUUCAAAUCAAUCUUCCAUCCACUAUAGCACCUUCCAUCCGUCGCCUGCAUCUCACCACUUCACAACAUCAAGGCAGCAGACCUGCAGGAAACUACUAUAACAAUAACAACCAUCAUCAUUCCAUUGUUACCAGGCCACAGAGUUCACCACUACCAACUACAUCAUUCCACCACAACCAUCAGUUGUUGUUUGUUUGGUUUUGUAUUCCUGUUUUCCAUUUGUUGUUUUGCUUUGUUUACCAUGAAAUCCAGUAGAUAAUUGCAUCUUGAUUAGGGACGAUUUCGACGUCCCAACAUGAACUCCAAUUGAUAUUUAAAAAGCCUUUUUCUUGCAA